CGUCUUAUAUACUUUUUCUCAAUUAUGUAUUCUUUUCUUUAAUUAUAUUAUUCAUUUUAUCUUUGCAUAAAUAUAGUUUCAUAAAGUAAACUGUGUAGUGCUUUAGAAAUCCUCACAUAAACUUUGCCCGAUGAAAUUGACUUCACAAAAUCAUCAACUUUGAAGGCUCAUGUGCGACGCACAGUGGCGAGAAUCGCCGAAAACGUGGACGAAAGUCAAAAAAUGAAAAUCGGAAUUCUUGAAAUCUGUUUAAUGGAACUUGUUCAUAAGGAAUGUGUGUAUAAUGUUCUGACACUUUUAAUGAUUUUAUUAUUACCAUGUAGCAGAUAUCUACCCCCUUAAUAGGUCCAUUUUUGCCGGUAAUGUCACCUUGCUGCAUUAUAGAAAUAUCUAUUGUGUCUCUUCAGUUAAUCACUUAAUCCCAAAUUCAGCCAAUUCUAUUGAAUUGCUCUACUGUGAUUAGUAGACUUACAAUCAAAACCGGACAUUGACUCAAACCGGGACUAUAAUUUCAACAUUAGUGUAUUAAUAACAACAAUUAAGUGUUACUCCUAAACACGUUAUCGAACCAGUGAACAUUUGUAUGCUUCGGAAAUAUUUUCCUAUUGUCUUACACAUUAUAUUAAAAGCCGCUAUGAGUGAUAAAUGCAAGGGCUGCAGAACGCAAGUGGUCAACCCGGUCACCUGUGAGCGGGCUUAGAUGUAAAAUUACCGCGGUGCCAUCUCCUGGUAACUCUCCCAGUCGAUUAACUCAGACAUCAACCGAUGUCACUACUUGUGCUGCCGAUGACAUCAGGGAUCUAAUGCGCAUGGAAUUUCUAAACGUGCGGCGCGAAAUCUGUAAAGAUAUCCAGGAGCUUCAAAACACUCUUAAAACAGAAAUAUUGCACAUCAAAGAAGAGCUAAAUUCAUUGCGCUCAGAAGUGAACUUAAUUACUACAAGGGUUCAAGCUCUGAAAAAUGUCCCCGUACCCCAGAAACAAACCAGUAACCUUGCGGAUUCCACAUUCAAUGUAUCGGAAAUUGCUGAGAAGGGGAGACAUCAUCGUCCAUGGUCUCGCGGAGGGCCCCACAUCGUCGAGGAUCUCCUGCGCGACAUACUACCUCCAAAUUCUGGCGACAUUCGUGUGGUACGUCUUCGUAAACCGGGGUCAAAGCCUAGGUUAUUGAGGGUAACUCUGAGUGAUUCCAACUUGGCUCGUCAGGAACAUGGCUAAACGACAGCUUCUUUACGCCCGAGCUCGGCCUUGAUAACUACGAAAUCUUUCGUUCGGAUAAAAACCACACCACCAGUGAUCACAGUAGAGAAGGGGGUGUUCUCAUUGCUGUCCAUUCCUCUCUUCCCUGUGUAUGUAUGCCUUCACCCUUCAACCUAGUUGAACACCUUUUUGUCAAAAUUUCUCUUUCUCCCAAUCCUAUCGUUAUCUCAACAUUGUAUAUACCACCAUCAUCUCCUCCAUCUAUCUAUCGCAAUCACUUCGACUCUAUUUACAACAUCGUCACAUCCUUUCCACCAUGUAACUUCCUUAUUGUCGGUGACUUUAACAUGCCGUUUAUUAAAUGGCACUUUGCUUCCUCGUCCUUUUCCUCUCCUUACUUAGAUAAUUCCUCCAAUAGUAGAAACGUUUCCAUCUAUAAUGACACUGUUGAGUUGCUGGAGGCCUGUAACUUUCAUCAACUUAACACCUUUCCUAACUGUCAUAACUCCAUCCUUGACCUUGUUUUUUCCAACCUACUUUCUGUCUCUCUCCACAUUACUGUUAACUCACUCCUACUUCUUGAUCUGAUCAUCCUCCCCUUAACAUCCUCCCCUUAUGCCUUCCAACUCUCCCUCUGCCCCCUCCUCAGCCAUACACCUUCAAGUUUGAUUAUGUGAACGCUGACUAUGGCAGUAUGAUAUAGUACUUUAACAACAUUGACUGGGAUAGCUCACUUCGAGGUCUUUCGGUUAACGACGCGGUGGAUUUCUUUUAUAUAAAAGUCUUUGAGGCAGUAGAAAUGUUUGUACCUAAGAGACGUAUCCGAUCUGAUAGCUAUCCGCGAUGGUUCUCUAAUGAUCUAAUCAGACUUAUAAAGGUAAAGAAAUCGGCCCACUUCUUAUAUAAUAAAAUAAUUUUUAACAAAAAAUACAACCGACUUCGAAAUGCACUAAAAAGUAUGAAAUA